AUGCGUUUCUCCGUCGCAACCGCUUUCUCCGCCCUCGUGGCCGUGGCCGCUGCCUACACUGCUCCUGAUUACAGCAAGAACCCCAGUGGCAAUGCCAUCGUCGCCCCUGGCCUGAACGAGAUCGUGCCCGAGGGCAAGACCUACACCAUCAAGUGGACUCCCACUACUACUGGUCCCAUCUCUCUGGUUCUCCUGCGCGGUCCCUCCAACAACGUCGUCCCUCUGAAGACUCUCGCCGAGUCCGUCCCCAACAGCGGCGAGUUCAAGUGGACUCCUGGCUCUGACCUCGAGGCCGACACCACCCACUACGGUCUGCUCCUCGUUGUCGAGGGUACCGGCCAGUACCAGUACUCCACCCAGUUCGGUAUCUCCGCCGCUGCUGGCUCCGGUUCCAGCUCCAGCGCCGUGACCAUUGAGACUACCGAGACCACCACCAUCUGCCCCGAGACCGAGACUCCCGUUCCUGCCUCGUCCACUGUCUACUCGAGCGUUGAGAUCACCACCACCAUCUGCCCCGAGUCUGAGACCACCGCUCCGGCCACCACCCCCGGCCCCAAGGUCACCCCCACCGGUGUCUCCCCCGUUGGCCCCCCCUCCAGCACCCCCUUGAGCUCCAUCCGUCUCACCACCAGCGCCGUUCCUUCCGGCACCGCCUCUGCUUCUCCUUCGGCCUCGUCCCCUGUUUUCAACAGCGCUGGCCGCAACGCCGCUAGCUUCGGUGCCGUCAUGGCCGGUGUCCUCGCCGCUUUCGCCCUCUAA